CUCUAUUCAAACUACGCCAUCUAUUUUGGCGAGACUUGUAACAUUCCAGACGUGAUGAACCGAUGACGCGUCGCAGAAUGUAAGCCCACUCGUCGAUCGCAGUAUUACUUUCAACCAGAGCGAGUGCAGUACGUAUGCUCCGUGGUAACUAUUAUUCCGAUUGGUAAUAUACGGACAAUCUCAACAAAUCUCAACAAAAUCGAACAAGAGAAGAUCUUGAGUCUAAGAUGUCUGACUCAACUGUCAAUGAAGCUGUAAAACAGAACGUAGAGGGCGUGACGGAACCUCAAACAUCAGGAGAACCAGCCAUUGACGUGGAUCCUAAAGAUAAUGACUGGGUGGCCGUCGAUGCAGAGGAUGCAAUACCUGAAGGUAGUACUUCAUCAGAAAACAUUGGGGUAGGUGAAGGAGCAGAUACAGCAAACAUGCAAGCAACAGGAGGGAAAGAAGAGCAAGCAGAUGGAGGUCCAGUGGAAAAAGACGUAGAGAAAGUGGAUGAAGGAACAAUAAAGGAUAAGGGUGAAAAUACUAAGGAACAAUUAGAAACAACAGAUGAGAAUGGAGUUCUUGUCGAGCAAGAGAGAAUGAUCAUGGAAGAACAGAAGCAAAGAGAAGAAGAGCAGAAAAGAUUGGAAGAAAUGCAAAAGGAAGAAGAACGCAAGAGACAGGAGGAAGAAAGAAAAAGGGAAGAGGAAGAGAAAAUAGCAGAAGAGGAAAAACAAAAGGAGGAGGAAAGGAAGAGAGUUGAAGAAGAAAUGCAGAGAGAGGAGGAAAGGAAAAGGGAGGAAGAAGAAAGACAAAGAGAACAGGAAUUGAAAGCAGAAGAGGAACGACAAAAAGAGGAAGAAAGGAGGAGAGCAGAGAUGGAAAGGCAGAAAGAGGAGGAAAGAAAAAGGGAGGAAGAAAUGAAAAGAGAGGAAGAAGAAAGAAAAAGAGUGGAGGAUUUGAAGAAAGCAGAAGAGGAAAGACAAAAAGAGGAAGAAAGGAAGAGAGUGGAAGAAAAGCAGAGAGAGGAGGAAAGGAAAAGGGAGGAAGAAGAAAGAAAAAGAGAACAGGAAUUGAAAGCAGAAGAGGAACGACAAAAAGAGGAAGAAAGGAGGAGAGCAGAGAUGGAAAGGCAGAAAGAGGAAAGAAAAAGGGAGGAAGAAAUGAAAAGAGAGGAAGAAGAAAGAAAAAGAGUGGAGGAUUUGAAGAAAGCAGAAGAGGAAGAAAGGAAGAGAGUGGAAGAAAUGCAGAGAGAGGAGGAAAGGAAAAGGGAGGAAGAAGAAAGAAAAAGAGAAGAGGAAAGAAAAAGAGAAGAGGAAAAACAAAAAGAGGAAGAAAGGAAAGGGGUUGAAGAACUGCAAAUGAAAGAAGGUAGCGAUGAAACGGACAAGGCAGAAGCCAUAUCGAAAGAUGUGGAAAUGCCUGAAGGUACAGAGCUUACAAGACGUAAGGUAGCCACUGUAGAAUCCCAGGGUAAAGCUGAACCCCCAACUUCCCAAAGUACAAGCAGAGAUUCAGCACCUUCAUCAAGUGGAUCCGCUACCAUGGUUAUUGCAAUAUUUGCGAUUUUGGUCAUAAUGUUAGUAAUUAGUUUCUUUAGGUCCCCUACAACACAACCGAAAGUGGAACCACCUGAUGAACCAGUUUCACCUGGCUGUGGGUUUAGAAAGCGAUUGGAUCGAGCCGAGGUUCUUUCUAAGAGGAUGGAAUCUCUUGGUAAAAAGUACCCAUCAAUAGAUCAGAGAUCACUGGACACGAUUGCUGGAGCGUCGUUGGCUCACGUCCAUGGUGAGGAGGAGCUGGUGAGACCUGUGGUCUUACUGCUUGUGAGCCAACCAGGACAAACCAAAGCCAAUGAUGUUGCAGAGGAAGUAGCGCGCAUAUAUGCCGAUGUGUACCAAAAUAAAAAGAGCAAAGACACCGUCAGGAUUGAAGGUGAUCACUUCAAAGACACUACCCACGACCAGGCGAAGAAAGACAUAGACGCGAUGAUAAAGACGGGAUUGGAUGAAUGUGCGCGUGUUGUAAUCAUCAAGGACCUUGAUGAACUUCCAUCCUGUUCGACCAUUCUAUUCCACGGAUAUUGUGAUAACGACAGCGCCCCGUACAAGGAUGCUGUCUUCAUCUUUACCUUUACACUCGAUGAUCCCAUCCCGGAAGACGCCGAUAAAUUGGACACUGAAAAGAUGAUCGAGGAAGAACUUGGGGAACACUGGAUAGCGUGUCCGGAAGAGUUUCCAGAAGACAAAAUUGCAUCAAUGAACAGUCGGGUCGCGAACAACAUUGUAAUGCUUAAGUAGUUAUCUUAAUUCUUAUUGACCUUGUUCAUGUUGUUAGUUCAUUGGAAAUAACGUAUUAGAUUUGGUCUGGCUGGGGUUUGUUCUUUCGGUGUGGCUCAAGCAUAAUUAUGACCGGUAAUGGGUGAAUGAAACGCUGUAAAAUAACAAAAAACAACUUGUUUUUGAUCUACAUAAUCAGGUUUUAUAAUAAUUGCACACAUAAUCUCUUUCGUGAAAAUGUAAUUUCUUAUUCAACAUGAACGAUCAAUUUGAUAUGCUUGAUGAAGUGUAUGUACUGCGUAUGUGAGGUAAUGAUUACAGUAUUAUGAUUGACAGUGAUGAUCGCGUUGGUUAAUAAUAUGAUUGGUCUUAUAAGAGUUAAAGAUCACCAUAAUCAAUGAUUAACACCGAGGAUGUCAGAAAGGAGAAAGAUGGCGUUGGUGUGGAAGGAAGAUUGUUGCUGUUGUUCUGUUUUAUUCGAAAUAUGGUUAUCAAUACAAAUCAUUUUCAAUUAUAUACAAACACAAUCAUUAAAGAUUGUCACUGGUGUAAACUUUUCAACAAAAUAAUGACAUAUUUUCAAUUAGAGUUUUGAAGCCAUAUAGAAGCUAUCAUUCUUUAAUGAUUAUUCAUGUUAAAAAAGAGAUAUUUUCUCAUUCUAUUCUAGAACCAUAUUUUAUCUUUUCAUCGAAAAGAACAUGACUUACAUUUAUGACUGCUAUAAGCUACAUAAAAAAGUUCGUUAUUACUUUUAUUUAUAUUAUGAAGUAAGUAUGUAAUUGAUAAAUCCAUUAGCCAUAAUACUUUACCAAAAAUUGAGUGACUUUAAUGAGAUGCAUUGGAGAGAUUGUGAUGAUGGUGAUGUGUGUGUGCGAUGGAGAUGGCAUUUAUGAUAGUAAAAUAGAUAAUAUUGAUACAAAAAACAAUGUUACACAUGAUGUAGUGAAUAUUAUAUUCAAUUCAUAGAUAGAUACGAAACGUUCUUAAUUUUCAUUUGCAAUUUGUUUAAUGGUUUAACAUUGAUUUUCAUAUCUUACUGUAUUUAUUCAAAAGCUUAUUUUUCGUUGUUGCUAGGUAAAAGAAUGUAGAUGAAAAUACUAAUGCCGUUGCAAAGGCUAGCGAUUAUACAGACUUCUUAAAUGUAUUUUUUCGUUCACUGCUUUAAAUAGUCACUAAAGAAUAUUAAGCAAUUGCGGUUACCACUUAAGAACAAUGAUUUAUCAAUGAUUUAUGUAUUUCGCAUUCUUAAUCUCGUUCGAUACUGAAAGUACAAAGGGUAUACGCCAAAUACUUCAAGGGGCUGUAUUAAAAAGAGAAAGUAUAUUUUAUUACAAUGGAAUGUAAUUUGUUGUACAAGGUUUGCCAUAGACAAAGCUCAAUUUGUAAAAAUCAUUUUAUGUUAUAUCAAGGACCCAAAUCAUGCAACUAUCAUUCUACAUAGCUUGUAUUAGUCUUUAUUUUCAAAUGUGAUAACAAUGCGUAUCUAAGCAAAGAGUGGAAAUUCAAACUUACAAAACUAUUAGUCAAUAUUGGUUGGCCUAAACAUCUCAUUUACAGCUUAUACCGUAUGUUGUUCUGCAUUAAAUAAUAUACUGUUCACAUUAACAAAAUGCAACGCAAAUCAAGACUAACUGACGUCAUUAGAAAAGUUAAUUGUAUGCACAUGUCAGAGUAUGAAGACACCCAUUCUAUUCAUCCUGUUCAUAGUUACAAUUGCUACAAUGCUGGGCUGAUUGAUGUAGUAAUAAAAAUAACAUGACUUGCUUUCAUUA